UAUCGGAAAAUCAGUAGAGCUCCAGAGAGCUACAGGCAAACACAACAAAUAUUGUGCGUGAAAUAAAAUUGAAAAUAAUAGUUUCGAUUCGAAUCUCGACUAAAAUUCACUCAACUACGAUGUACGAGCUAUCGGUCUUCGACUCGGGCCUGAUGCGAUUCAUCUUCCACCCGUUCACGUUUUGGAAGGCCAAGAACGAAUACACCAUUUGGAAUUUCGCCUAUCCGAAGGUUAAUCUUUGGAAUCACUUCAAUGAUCUGAAGACCUGCAACUAUUGCACGCCGGGGCUGUUCCCGUACGUCUUCUGGCUGGUGCUGCUUCUGAGCGUGCUCGGCAUCGGCUGCACUGCGACUCAGAUGGUGAAGUUCUGGGUGUGCCGGGGGUGUGAGCUGCGCAUGUGGCGCAGCCGGGAGUUCCAUGUGUUCGCCGCCGCAAUACUCCGUCGCGCCCGAAUGAUUGGCUGCUGGAUCAAGUUCGUGACCUGGAUCAGUCUCUUCUUGGGCACCAUGACGGUCCAGCCGCAGUUUAUACGCCCCUGGAUCGUGUGCAACACCUUAAUGAUGACCGGCGAGAUCGUACUUUGGCUCCACGAAAUCUUGUCUGGUCAGAUCGAGGUCGAAUUGCACUCGAUUUUGACCCUGGGCCUGCCCUGUCUGUAUAUCCUGAUGGUCAAGUGUGUGCAGGAGGUCUUCGAGCUGUCCUUGAAACGUGGUCUGGACGAUUUGGUUCGAGUGGCUUGAUUCUAAAUGAAACUCAAUCGAUUGUUUAUGUUUACUAAAACCCGUUGGCCUUAAAGUUUCUUUUGUUAUUUUCCA